UAAAAUCAGUUUUGGUCAAUAACAUUUUGAUCGACUCACUCAUCUGUCUCUUCUUCUCUCAACCCUUCUAGGGUUUUCUUCAUUCAAUUCUGCCAUAGCUAACAAGCUUCUAACCUAACAUGGUAUCAUAGUAGGAAUAUAGAUUCCUCUCGUCGCAAGCUUUCUUUUGAUGAUAACCUUGUUUGAAAUCGUUAAAGAUUGAUUCUGAUCGUCGACGUUUAAAGUACGCUCGUGAAAUAUGGGACUUCUUUCAAUCUCCGCGUUUAAUCGACUUUUCGUUCUUGGAUCUUCAUUAAACUUCAAGUUUCUCGAGAGUUUCUGCUGGAUUUUUCUACGUAGGGUUCAUGGCUGAAUAAGACCUUACUUCUUCGGGUUUUCAGAAGAAGGCCGAUUUGCUUCGUUUUCCUUGGAUCCCUCACAUCCCUUUGAUAUUCAUUCCUCUGAUAAUCCCAGAAGUCAACUGGUAUAUGUACCAUUUAGUGGUUGGAUUUGUGUUAUGGCGUAACAAUAUGCUUACUUCCCUCUCUGCAAAGAACAAGCUCAGUCUAUUAGAUGGCAAAGUCAACCAACCCACUCCUGGCUCCCCUUAUUAUUCAUAUUGGGAGAGAUGCAAUGAUAUGGUCAAAGUCUGGAUAACUAAUUCGGUAUCUAGAUAAAUAACUGUUAGUGUCAUGUGUUUUAAAAGUGCCAAGGAAGUCUCAAAAAAUAUAAAUGAAAGGUUUGGUCAGUCAAAUGGGUCUAAAUACAUCCAAAUACAAAGGGAGAUCAACUCUACUACUCAAGGCUCCUUUGAUAUAGCUUCUUACUUCACCAAAAUGAGGAGUCUGUGGGAAGAGCUGAAUUCAUCAUAUGUAGGUCAUGUUUGUUCGUGUGGUGCACUGCCUAAGUUCAUAGAGGACCAACAGUUGUUUCAAUUUCUUAAUGGUCUCAAUGAGUCCUACACAACUGUUAAGAAUGCCAUUAUGUUGAUGAAUCCCCUUCCACCAAUCAAGAAAGCUUAUAGUCUCUUGCAGCAAGAUGAGAGUCAAAGAGAAGCUCAUUCUGCUACUCCAAACUUCUCUGGUGAUGCUACCUCUUUCUUGGUGUCUCUUGGUACUCCUACCACAAAUAGGAAUUUAAGUCAAAAGGUGAAUUUUGAGGCCAGAAAAACUGCUCCAAACGUCUCUUGCAAGUACUGCAAGAAGCCUAGCCACACUAUAAACAAGUGCUACAGACUUGAUGGGUUCCCUGCUGAUUUCAAAUUCAUCAGGAGUAAGAAGUAUGCUUCUUGUGUUCAGACUGAAAUUCCACCCACCACUGCUGCCACUUCCACUUCUCAGCAUGCUGAUACCUCAGCCCAUGGAUUCACCAAGGAGCAGUAUCAACACCCGUUGAUCUUGUUCCAACAAGCUCAUAUGUCUAAUACUUCCACACCUGAUGCCUCUAAUGUGGAUGAUUCUGCCUUUGCACACUUUGCAGUUUUGUUCAGUAAGUAUGCUAUCGAUUCUGAGGGUUCUCAUAUGUGUGCAUCCUCUCAAUUAGGUGUCAAUCCUUGAAUCUUAGACACAUGUGUUACUAAUCACAUGACUCCACACAAACAUCUUCUUUUUAAUGUUCAACCAUUAAUC